AUGGCCAGAAACACACACACAGAUAACCCUCUCUCAAAGAAUGACUUUUAUGAGCGGCAAGGAAUAACCAGCAUGCUUGUUUGCACUUCGGGUUCGUCUUCAUGGACAUGGACAUUUGGCAGCAACAUAUUGGAGAUUGACUAUUCUUCAUCCCUAGCUGUCUCUACAAGAUCAAGACCUUCUCAAGUGCUUGAAGCUGCAGAAGCUCAUCAUAUUAAUUCUUCAUCAUUGUCAAAAACAAAUGAAACAACAACUCAUCUUCUCCCUCAUCAAAUUGGAGAAAAACAAGAGAUGGUAUGGAAUGAUCAAGGCCUAGGAGCUGAUGAAGUUAAUGUGACUUCUGCAUCUACAGUAACUAUAAAGAGAUAUAGCAGAUUAGAGAAACUUGAAGCAAAUUUGGCUGGAGUUCGGGCUUCGAUAAGAGAAGCUGCUCGAGUUCGAAAUCUAACCUCUACCCAUGAAGAUCCCGACUAUGUUCCUAAAGGACCAAUAUACAGGAAUGCAAAUGCUUUUCACAGGAGUUAUUUGGAGAUGGAGAGGCUUUUCAAGAUAUAUGUAUAUGAAGAAGGAGACCCACCAAUAUUUCACAAUGGUCCUUGCAAGAGCAUAUAUUCUACAGAAGGGAGGUUUAUUCAUGAAAUGGAAAUGGACAAUAACAUUUACAGAACCAGAGACCCUGAUGAGGCCCUGGUUUAUUUUCUCCCAUUUAGUGUGGUGAUGUUGGUUCAGUACCUCUAUGCGGCCGACUCCCAUAACACAGACUCCAUUGGACGGGCUGUCAUCGACUAUGUCAAUGUCAUUGCCGAUAAGCAUCCCUUCUGGAAUAGAAGCCUUGGCGCUGAUCACUUUAUGCUUUCUUGCCAUGAUUGGGGGCCGCGCACAUCUUCUUAUGUUCCUCAUUUGUACCACAAGUCCAUAAGAGUGUUAUGCAACGCCAACACUUCCGAAGGAUUCAAUCCUUCUAAAGAUGCCUCAUUUCCAGAAAUCCAUCUCCGAACUGGGGGAAAUCAAAGGACUUGUUGGUGGGCUCUCCCCAUCUCGCAGGUCGAUUCUUGCCUUCUUCGCAGGCCGGCUACAUGGCCACAUAAGGUACUUGCUUCUAAAUGA